AUGACUCCCUACACGCAACAGACGGCCACGGAGUGCGGUGUCGGAUGUACUGUGAGCCCGUACGGGCCCCAUUUCAUGUGCACUACAGACUGCUCGACGGUCACAAGCUACAACGCCAAGGUCACUCAUACAACUACUGCGACAUGGAUCCAGACGGCUCAAAGCUCUGUGUCGAAUAAUACUUCGGGUUCGAGUUCGGGUUUUAGUGGACAACAGAUUGCCGUGGCAUCAUAUAUCAACCCUCUAUCAGAUCCAGCUUCCUGGGAUCGGCUCAUCGGGUACCCCUUUGGCAAGAUGCCCAUUCUAGUUGCCAACGUCGUCAAUGGUCCAGAUUCUACUGUCGACACGAGCUGGGUUGACGUUAUCGAUCGGGCUGCAGCUUCUGGUAAAAGGGUCCUUGGCUAUGUGCGAACUGGAUACCUGGGCGUGAGCCAGCAGUCAUUCUUUACGCGGCUUGGCUCGGACGAUUUAGCUGACUGGACCGCUCAAAUUGAGGCCGAUGUUGACAUGUGGUACAAACUUUACGGCAACAGCAUCGGUGGCAUCUUUUUCGACGAAGGAUGGCCUGAAUGUGGCACCGAUAACAAAUACGCGAGUUUGUACAAACACAUCAAUGAUUACACCAAGCGUGCCUACCCCGGUGCAUACACUGUCCUGAAUCCCGGAUCUACUAUGGCAUCUUGCUUCGAGGACACCAUGGAUACACUGCUGACCUUCGAGCUGGACUAUACUCAUUAUGUCAAUGAGUACACGCCCAAUGACUGGGUGGCGGAUGAUCCGCGGAAGAUUUGGCACAUUAUCUACAACGUGCCAGAGUCCGCGAUUGGCGAAGUAGCCAGGUUGGCCAAGGAGCGUGGAGCUGGAUACCUCCAAAUUACAGACGACAUUAUGCCCAAUCCAUACGAAAACCUUCCUGGCGAUUCUUAUAUGACGAGCCUGAUAGGAGAGGUAGAUGGCGGAACUCUGCUGAAUGCCGAUCCUUCAGACUGGCCAUCUGGAGAAGCCGCAGAAGCAGUGACCGGACUGUCGACUCUGGACUACGACUACACUUCUGCACGCUUGUCCUGGUACCCUGCCGCGAACGCUAUUGGAUACAAGGUGUAUACCGGCGACGGAGUUGUUGCAAGUGUACCAAGCUCAAUGACUCGGAUCACAGUCGGCGGCCUGGACUCCGGGGCUAGCUACGUGUUCCACGUGGCCGCAGUUGGAGGAGGCGGCAAUAUGGGAACAUCUUCCAACACAAUUACAGUGAACACCAACUCAUUACCGGGUGGUAAGACCGUCACCAACUGGAAAUCUACGUCUCAGGAGGUAUCGACUGUUAUAGAAGCUGACAUCCUCGUUCCUUAUGCUUUCAUACGACUUUACAUCUGGGAUGAAGUGAACUGCGGCUUUGAUGAUAAUUCGGGCUGGAGUGUGAACUUCAAGGCCGACAAGUACGUCUGUACUCACUAUAUGGUUGAGGGAACAACACUGUUCAAAUACUCCGGUACAAUCCCCAAAGGCUCUACGGCGCCCCCUUGGGCUUGGACAAUUAUGGGAGCAGUUACUCUCGAUAUCACUAAAUACACCUACAAGUGGACUUUGCCAUUGGGAACUGUGACCAUCGACACAAGCAAGUUCCUUAUCCAGGUUCAAGGUUACAAUCCAUUGGAAAAUUUCGUUGUGCCAAACGCCGACGAUUACGACUGUCAAGGCUCGAUUAUGUGCUCCACCCCCGGGUUACUUGGGUGGUGCGACAAAGCCGUCAACACCUUACACCGAGCUGAUGAUGAGGAUUACUCAACUGACGUCAACCGACUCACUGGAAACUGCUGGGGCGACCAGACCCGUGGCUGUGGAGUCUUUAUACAAGGUACUGGGUGCAGUAUCAGUGGGAAUGACAUGUGGAAUGACUAUCAAAACAUCCGGAAGAUUGGCGGUUGUAAAAAGUGUGGCACAUAUCACCGAGGAAAUGGUUGUCUUGUCACUAUUGACUACGUUUCCCAGUGCGACAAUCAUGGCUAA